AUGUCUAAAGGAAAAGUUUGUUUGGCAUACUCAGGGGGCUUGGACACCUCUGUCAUUUUGGCCUGGUUAUUAGAACAAGGAUACGAGGUAAUUGCAUUCUUGGCCAACAUUGGUCAAGAAGAAGACUUUGAAGCUGCUGAAAAAAAGGCUUUGGCCAUUGGUGCAACAAAAUUUGUUGUUGUCGAUGUGCGUAAAGAGUUUGUGGAAAAAGUGUGCUAUCCAGCAAUCCAAGCCAACGCGGUAUAUGAAAACGUGUACUUGUUGGGAACUUCGUUAGCUAGACCAGUUAUUGCCCAAGCUCAGAUCAAAGUUGCUGAAGAAAAUGGAUGUUUUGCCGUUAGUCAUGGAUGCACAGGUAAGGGAAACGAUCAAGUCAGGUUUGAGUUGAGUUUCUACGCUUUGAAGCCUGAUGUUGUUGUGAUUGCUCCAUGGAGGGACCCUGAAUUCUUCAAUAGAUUUGCAGGAAGGAAGGACUUGUUGGACUACGCUGCUGCUAAGGAUAUUCCAGUCGCACAAACAAAGGCAAAACCAUGGUCCACUGACGAAAACUUGGCUCAUAUUUCCUUUGAGGCCGGUAUCUUGGAGGAUCCCAACACCACCCCACCAAAGGAUAUGUGGAAAUUGACUGUCGACCCAACAGAUGCUCCUGACAAGCCAGAAACUUUUUCAGUUGUUUUUGAAAAGGGUUUGCCAGUCAAGUUGAUCUUGGAUGAACAAAAGAAGAGCUUCAGCGAUCCUGUGGAAUUGUUCACUGAGGCCAAUGCAUUGGCCAGAAGGAACGGUGUUGGAAGAAUCGAUAUUGUUGAAAACAGGUUCAUUGGUAUCAAGUCAAGAGGAUGUUACGAAACUCCCGGUUUGACUAUUUUGAGAUCAACCCAUAUUGAUUUGGAAGGAUUGACCAUGGAUCGUGAAGUUAGAGCCAUCAGAGAUCAAUUUGUAACGCCAACUUGGGCCAAGAUUUUGUACAAUGGUAUGUACUUCACCCCUGAAGGUGAGUACGUUAGAUCCAUGAUUCAACCAUCUCAAAACACCGUCAAUGGUGUUGUUAGAGCCGCUUGUUACAAAGGAUCGUUGACGAUCUUGGGUAGAUACUCGGACACAGAGAAAUUGUAUGAUGAAACAGAGUCUUCCAUGGAUGAGUUGACUGGCUUUUCACCAGAAGACACUUCUGGUUUCAUUGCUGUACAAGCCAUCAGAAUUAAGAAAUACGGUGAAGCUGCCAGAGAAAAAGGAAGUAAGUUACAACUUUAA